CCCUGCUUUUAUACUAUCUGCUUACCCUCACAACUUUUUUCAACAGGCAACGCUUUACUAUAUAAGCCCCCUUUUCUUCACUCCCCCAAAUCAUUUUACUAUAAAAACCCACUUGUCUAUAAAAGGACAAACAGACAGACGGACAAACUCUUCUCAAUUAUAUAAUUAGAUUUUUGAAAUUUAUUUUUAAUUUUUAAAAAUUUAGUUGAUUCGUCAUUAAAUCGUUUUCAUAAUUCAAUUCAAGGGAUUAUUGUAAAUUUUAAGAAUAUUUUAAAAAUUUAAUUUUUUUAAAAAGAUGUCUUCGGAACUGGAUUUACAACAAAAAAUCUAUGGUGUUACUAAACGAAGAGAACAAGGAAUGGCUACAACAGAAUGGGUUCAGGUGCCUGCUGGAAAUCAUUUAAUAAGAGUUAAAUUUUGUCGCGUAUUAAAAAUGGUUGAGACAGAAAAAUCUGAUAGAAUUAUUGAUGAAAAAACUGGGAGAUUGACAAAACCAUUCAAAGUAAUGCUAAUGAAUUUAUUUGAUAUUUUUGAUUUGGAUGACGAUGGACUUUUAAGUCGAAGAGAAUUUGAAGCUUAUAGUAUUCUUGCUGGUACUGGACCUGUUAGUGAACAAGAAUGGACACGUAUUUGUACAGAUUUUGAAUUAAGACAGCAACAUAUACCAAUGAAGACAUUUGUACAAAUGCAUCAAAAAGAAGCAGAAAGUUAUGGCCCAAAAGGAAAUUUGGAACAAAUGUGGAAAGCUGUUAGGGCGCUUGGACAUAAUCGACGAUUUUUUAUGAGCACAACGUGUCCACUUCGUUUAACAUUACAUUGUUCUGAAGGCCCAUUGCUUAUUGAACCAUUUCGUGUUGACCGAUUUUAUUCGGAUGAGAUAGACAAUCUUUUAGCUGAACAUUUUUGGGAACAAGGAAAGCCGUUACCCUAUUUAAAAGAAUUUACAAGUCUUCGCCAAUUUAAAGCUGAUUAUUAUGUUGUGUUGAUAGCUGGAAAAACAAAACAAACAACACAUUAUGAGCUUGACUUGAGAGGUUCGAAUAAUGUAAAUAUUGAAGGAAAAGAAUUAAUUAUUGACCAAAAAGUUCAACCAAAUAUAAUUCAGGUUUGUGGUUUUAUUUCUUAG